AUGUCAAGAUCAAGACUUGUUUUCCGUCAGGUAAAGCAAAGAAUGGUGUAUGAAAAUACAUUUUUCUUUUUUUUCUUGGUUCAAAAUUGUACUGUUUUAAUAAUUGAUAUAUUUAAAUAUUUGUAACAUUGUUCAUUGUAGUUGUUCGAUUUUGAGUCUUCGACAUACAGUUACAUUCUUGGAUGUGUGAAAACAAGAAAGGCUGUUAUCAUUGAUCCAGUUGACACGAAGGUGAUAAUAAAACUUAGUUUGGUUUGUCAAUGCAAACUCUGGUAAAUAGACGAUGGUUAUUUGUACUUUAGGUGUCCAGAGAUUAUCAUGUUCUUAAAGAGUUGGAUCUGAAACUUCAGUAUGCUGGUAGGUAGAUACGAAGUAAUAUGAGUUCACUAAUUCCUGAAUUUCAGGAAAUGCAACAGCAGCUGGUGGUCAAUUUCUGAAACAGUUUGACAGACAGUCAUAGGAACAGGAAAAGUAAGCUGGCCGGUGGCAGUGUAGGUGGUAGUAAUAACAGAAAGCUGUGGUGUGAGAGACAGCUACAUGAAAAAUACAAAAAAAGAACUUAUAUUUUUCAAGUAGUUGCAUGUCUAUCAGUUCACAGCAUUGCGUCAAAAUUAAGCUGCAUCCCUCAAAUUAUUCUUUUUAUCUGCCACAAGACUACUCCAUAUUAUGAAAAAUAAAAUUAAUUUAACAAUACUUUCUCACUAGUGAUGGGCGAUACCGAGUACUCGGUAUUCGAUACCAGCGAUACCACAAACAGCGGUAUCGGUAUCGAUUACUAACGUGGUAUCGUUCGAUACUUGCACCCUUUUUUAAACGACUUGUUUAAUUUCACUUCUUGGUUGAAUAAGACUUAAUGAACCAUUAAAAUAACUCUUAAUAUUCCAAAUGUGGUGCGCCAAGUCAUGUAUAGAAAAUAUUUAUUACGUUUCGGACUUUUGGUUUACAUAUAGCUUUAUUUAGGUUACAUACAGUAAUGAAAAAUGUUUUCGGCAGGUAUCGAAAGUAGCCGAUACUAGCAAUUUAAGUACUCACUUCCGGUAUCGAAAAUUGAAAUUUUGUGUUCAUGUUGGUAUCGAAAUAGGUAUCGGUAUCGGCCGAUACCGAUCUUAAAAGUAUCGGUAUCGGUAUCGAAUUAAAAAUCCUGGUAUCGCCCAUCACUAUUUCUCACUCUGAUAACUGGUGGUUGACCUAUAAAAGUCCCAAAAAAGAAAAAAACAAAUAAGAUGCCAAAUUUUGAAGUUUAUAUAUAAAAAUUGGACAAGUUAUAAAUUAGAGAGAAAAUUCAGGAAAUAUGAAAAUUUUUUAUAUGUUGGACAAUUUUUGGAGAUUAGCCCCCAAAAUAAUAACUGUUAUGCUACCACUGUGACCACCAUCUGUACAAUGGUAUCAAUAUUUAUAACCACAAUAUUUCAACUGUCUCCAUUGUGUUUUGACUACAGUGAACACACAUGUACAUGCAGACCAUAUCACUGGCACUGGAUGGCUGAAAGCUCUCAUCCCGUCAUGUCAAAGUGUUCUGUCCAAGGCCGCUGGUGGACAGGCUGAUGUUCUCAUUGACGAUGGUCAUGUGAUAGAGUUUGGUGAUCAAGCAUUAGAAUGUCGCCUCACACCUGGACAUACGAAUG